UUGUCAACUUUUUGUUUUGAACUUUUGUGGCGCGCAUAUCAAUACGAAUAGAUUCCCCUCCGCCCGGCCGUUGAACAUGGCCGCACUCAUCGGCCGUCGUCUGUUUAGUAAUCUCGGCAGGGGCAUUCUCGUCACAUCAAAUUUAUCAUCCUUCACUCCCCUAACUCGGUCUCCGACUCACUUCACUCCGUCCGUCACCUGACCGACAAUCCCGCGAAUUCAAACACUGCAGCUCUUGCUCGUGCUCAAAACGACGUCGCUGAUCGCAUCGCCAAAAUCUCUUCAACGAUUCGCAUCAUUCCUGACUUCCCUAAACCAGGGAUUAUGUUUCAUGAUAUUACGACAUUGUUGCUUGAUCACGCGGCUUUUAAAGACACUAUCGAUUUGUUCGUGGAGAGAUACAAAGACAUGAAUAUUUCUGUUGUUGCAGGUGUUGAAGCAAGAGGUUUUAUAUUCGGUCCUCCAAUUGCAUUGGCUAUAGGGGCGAAAUUUGUUCCCCUUAGAAAACCCAAUCGAUUGCCAGGUGAGGUUAUUUCGGAGGAGUAUUCCUUGGAAUAUGGAACAGACAUAAUGGAGAUGCACUUGGGAGCAGUACAAGCAGGGGAUCAAGCUUUAGUGGUAGAUGAUCUCAUCGCAACUGGAGGAACUUUAUGUGCUGCCAUGAAACUACUCGAGCGUGUUGGGGCUCAUGUAGUGGAGUGUGCUUGUGUUGUUGAAUUGGUCGAGCUAAAGGGUCGGGAUCGUUUAGGUGAGAAGCCACUGUUUGUGCUGGUAAGCUCAACUUGAUAUUGCAAUUCUACUAAACAACAGCCUUUCCUAAUAAUAUUGCUAUGCAACAGUUAUCUUAAAAGCUCACACCAUAAUUUAGACCGCAUACGCAAGUCUUUUACAAAUUAAUGCUUCAUUCAUCGAAUUGAUGUAAACAAUGUAUCCAGCUCUAGCUACUGUUGUACUAGAAAUAUUAACGUUCUCCUUGGUCUGAACUCGGGAGGAAAAAAAAUUCGUACUAAAUUUUAGUGUGACUGAUAAUUUUUAUCAUUCCCACUGAUAAUUUUUCUCUUUAUAAUAAGAAAAUGUUAUUUAUUUAUGUUUA